AAGAGGAAUAGAUAAUAAGAUUGGAAAUGGAGAAGGUAAGCCCAUGCCACACCAACACUCCUCUCCCACUUCCUAAUCGCCCUUCCAAUUUUCUUCAAUUCAAGCACCAAACUUUCUUCUUCAAGUUCCCGAACCCGAACCCGAACCCGAACCCGAACCCGAACCCGAACCUCGUUCGAUUGCGCAGGCUCAAUUGCUCAGUAUCAGACGGCACCGUUCCGUCUUCGGUUGGUGCCACGGACUCUUCUUCUCUUGCGGUGAAGAAGAAAGCAGCAGAGGUGUCUUCUGAGCUCAAAGGGACCUCCAUAUUUCUGGUUGGUUUGAAGAGCUCUUUUAAAACUAGUUUGGGGAAGCUGCUGGCGGAUGCAUUGCGGUAUUAUUAUUUCGACAGUGAUAAUUUGGUGGAAGAAGCUGUAGGUGGUGCACUGGCUGCAAAAUCAUUCAGAGAGAGUGAUGAAAAAGGCUUCUAUGAGUGUGAGACUGAAGUACUGAAGCAAUUAUCAUCCAUGGGUCGACUAGUGGUUUGUGCCGGAAAUGGCGCUGUUACAAGCUCAACUAAUCUGGCACUUCUGAGACAUGGGAUUUCGUUGUGGAUUGAUGUGCCUCUAGAUUUUGUAGCCAGAGAUGUAAUUGAAGACCAGAGUCAAUUUGCUCCAUCUGAACUAUCUAUUUCAGGAUCAUACCCAGAGGUACAGGAUGAACUAGGUGCUCUAUACGAUAGAUACAGAGUUGGAUAUGCCACAGCCGAUGCUAUUAUUUCAGUUCAAAAAGUAGCAUCUCGGUUGGGUUGUGAUAACUUAGAUGAAAUUACAAGAGAAGACAUGGCUUUGGAGGUUGUAAUUUUUAUGCAAGCAAUUUGAAGCUCUUGGGGAAAUUGAGAAGUUGACCAGAGUAAAGAAGAUGUUGGAAGAGGCUGCAAGACCAUUUUAACCAGCUUGGACAUGCUCCCUUCUCAAAUUUCAGUUUUCUUUUUAGUUGUUUUCCUUUGAAAUUUCAGUCUUCCUUUUGAUGUUGUUUAAAGACUGACACUGUACUAGAGUGUUAUAUUGGGGAGAAAAAAAUUACUCCUUUCUGUACCUACAGUGCAACUUUUUUCCUACUUUUUUUUCUUCUUUUUAUCAAUGAUUAGUUGAUUUCUUCCUGAA